UAACAGAAAACAGAUUUCUGAUUUAUUAGCUUACCGUUUAGUUUAGUGUUUGCUCCACGUAAUUUAUUGUUUGAAACGUGCCGGAGUGGAAAUUCGUUAUUUCGUAAGUUCGUUGCAUUCAGUCACAGAAUAGAUGUUGUUAAAAGUAAAUACUUGACGCAACACAUAGUUAUAAGUAGCAACUGUCGACUAUUUGAGCGAUGCGAAUUGUUAUUGAACGAAGCAUCACACUUAGUUUUCCACGAUUUCGCGAUUUUACUUUAGCUGAAAAUAUCUUCUCAACUUAUAAUAUUAGAGAUAUUCUUAAGACCUACGAAAUGACGAGUUAACGUUGACUCGAUUCUCUCUGGCUUUCACCAUGUUUUUUACCAAUUUAAGAAUACUGAAGGUAUUCUCAUCAUACAAGUUUCGCUUGUGUAUUAUAUUUAUUGUUGUAUUCAGUUUUUGGCAAAUAUUCAGAGCCAUAACAAACAAUAACAAACAGAAACUAAUUCAAUCUUCACAUGUUCUGAACAAUGACAUCUCUUUAAUGGAAAACAGUGUAAAAGAUAUGACAUAUCUUCCAGUUGGUGUAUACUAUGAAGCAUUGUGCCCAGAUUCUAGAAACUUUAUACUUCAGCAUUUAGUACCGUCUUUUAAUAAAGCACCAAAUAGUUUUGAUAUUGAAUUUGUCCCUUACGGGAAAGCCAAGACACAUGAAAAUUCUGAUGGCUCGAUCACAUUUGCUUGUCAACACGGACCAGUAGAAUGCCAUGCAAAUAAAAUUCAUUCGUGUGCUACUCAACAUAUAAAAGAUAAAAGUAUUUUGGUCAAAUAUGUAUCGUGUAUGAUUGAUAAUAAUUAUGAUCCAGAAACGAUAGGAUUGCUUUGUGCCAAAAAAUACAAUGUCAAUUGGAAUAAAAUUUAUGCAUGUUCAGAAGGAAAAGAAGGUGAACUAUUAUUAAAACUAAAUGGUGAAAUAACUGAUAAACUGUGGCCUCAAGUUUCGUUUAUCCCAACAAUUUUGAUCAACCAUGAACAACCUAGACAAGCUUCUGUCUUAAAAGAUUUUUGGGGUGUUGCUUGCAGUUAUUUCCCUCCAGAAUCAAAACCUGCUGCUUGUUGAAUAACAAUAACCAGUUUUUUCUAUUGACAAUUAAGGUAAAAAAUAUUUUAUUAUAAGUUAUUAACUUAUUCUAAGAGAAUCUUGUGAUAUUUAAAUUAAAAAAUUAAACUUUGUACUUUUUUACUGUUAAUUUUUAUUUGAAUUAUAAUAUUUGUUUGU